CGCCUCCCGCGAUCGGCCACGGGCAUGGCCCCGCCCCCGUGGGGCCCCCCUGUUUCUCUCCGUAGGCCUUGUCAUGACCGGUCCUUACGUUACUUCUUAAUUUUCUCAUUCAUUUAUCUUUGUCUGUUUACAAUGUGUCUCCCCGCUGGAAUGUAGGCUCCAGGGGGAACGGAUUGCUUUGUCCAUUGUUGUAUUCUUGGUCAUUUCAGUACUUUCUGAGGUCCUCUUCCUGAUGGACUGGAUACCGGAGGUUACACCGGCAGCCACGGCGAUUCCCGCCCGAGACAUUCUGGGGCUCGGGAUAGUGCUGCAAACACAAAGGAGAUCAUUGUGGGGGGAAGGAAAGGAAAACAGAAGUGAGGGGCUGCUGGUUGGGUCACCUUGUGAUCAGGAGCACUUUAGACACGGCCUCACAGAUGAGGUGCCCUAGGAACCACAUAGUCAAAGGGCUAAGCCCUGUGGUUGGACAAGAGGCCCCCGCCCUCUUGCUGUGAGCUCUGCUGUUCUUAUGGGAGCCAUGAAGCUGAAUGAGAGGAGUGUGGCGCACUACGCACUGAGCGACUCCCCGGCUGACCAUACAGGCUUUCUGCGCACUUGGGGUGGGCCAGGGACUCCACCGACCCCAAGUGGCACUGGCCGAAGGUGCUGGUUUGUCCUCAAAGGCAACCUGCUGUUCUCCUUUGAGAGUCGUGAGAGCCGGGCCCCGCUGAGCCUGGUGGUGCUGGAGGGCUGCACGGUGGAGCUGGCCGAGGCUCCCAUGUCUGAGGAGUUCGCCUUUGCCAUCCGCUUCGACGCCCCUGGCGUGCGCCCACACCUGCUUGCGGCGGAUGGGCCCGCGGCGCAGGAGGCCUGGGUGAAGGCACUGUCCAGGGCAAGCUUUGGCUACAUGCGCCUGGUGGUGCGCGAGCUGGAGAGCCAAUUGCGCAAUGCCCGCCACAGCCUGGCCUUGCAUCGCCACUCAUCCUGGAAGGCCACUGGCAGCCACUGGAAGCCCCAGGCUCCUGACCGCCGGUCUUCGGGCCUGGAAAACGGUCACUCCCUCUUCAAGGAUUGCAGCCCCAUGGACUUGGUUGAAGAAAGGGGCAGCAGGCCCGCACGACGGGGCUUGGCCGAGUGGCAGGGCCCUGCCAGCCUCUUUGUAGGCAGGAGGCAGAGCCCCUCGUUCCCUGAGACCUCCUACUUCUCUACCCUGCACAACUUGUAUGGCCAGGAGAUCAUGGAGCUGAGGCAGCGGUGGCUGCAGAGGGUCUGGGGGAGCCAGACAGAACGUAAGAAUCAGGAUGGGCCCUGAGCCUCAGCCCUUUGGGUUCUGCCCUUAUCCUGCCGGUCAGGACUGCAGGGCCAGUUCUUUUUCAGCAAUUUAAUGUUUAUUCGGUUUAAAGUUGCUUUUUUUGAGAGGGUUCUUUCCUUCCUGCUUUUUAGACAUUCUCCAGGUUCCAGAUCCACCCUUGUUCCUGGAGGGGACUGAGGGAUCAUUCUUUCCGGCCCCUUUAUUUCCUGAGGCCCAGAGAAGUGGGGAUCGCUUAGCAGCCACAGAGCCAGACCCAAGUCCCCUGCCUCUGUGCUGACUGCCCCUCUCUCAGGGGGUACUAAUGAAAUGGAGGAAGUAGGGAAUAUUAUGUGGCCAUAGACUGCCGUGCCUUUUUAUGUACUCACCAGACUCUACAACCACAACUUCCUACACAGGGAGUCUUGCAUACAUUGAAAUACCAGAAGUUGGCUGAAGUGUUGGCUCAAAGGACUGACAUCGUCAGAGAAAGUAGAUUUAUUGUCAUGGGGGUUUCUGGGGCCCAGGUCUUUCUGCGUGGUGGGGCAUAGGACCCCCACUCUGCAGUUUGAGUGGGGCCCUUUGGAGGGAGAGGGCCUUCAGCCAGCAAAGGGGGAUUGAUUCUGCUCAGAAAGUGUUGGGGCCCCCAGAUUCUCCUUGGCUGCUCUGUCUAUAGAUGGUGCUGGUCACUGCCCCAGGAGGGGCUGGUGGCUUUUACAUGUCAGCAGAAAUCCUUCCUGUAUUCUGUCCUUAGCAGCUAGCUCCUGGAGCUGCCACGUGGGAAGCUGAAGGAGUGGGGAGGCAAUGGGGCUCCCUGGGGAGGCCAGGUGUUAUUUUGGUUCUCAGUCUGGGUCAUUCCAGGAGCUUGGACACAGGAUUCCCACCACCCUGUGAUUAACUCUUCUCUCCUAACGGUACUCCCAAAGAGCCAUUCCUGAUCCUGAACCUGGCCUGGGGACUCAUUCACCGUCCUGCUUGUCAGCCAGUGCACAUCUGCCAAGACCCUCUCAUUGCUACUCUCAGCAGCGUGGUACUGAGUGUUUUCUUUAUUGAUUGUUUAGGGAGGCAGUGACCAGGUGGAGAGAGCCAGCAGCCAGACUAGCCUGAGCCCUAGGGGUGUGGAGCAGUGGCUGGAUGGAAGAUGCAGAGCCUGGUCAAGACAUCCCCCCUCUGCCUGCACACAACCUGCCCCUUCUUAGCCUCUCCAGCGCUUACUAGGGCCUUGGGUACACUGUCCGACUAGGUCUAGAGUCUUGGACUCAGCCUCGUGAGUCCAGGACGCCGAGAGGCCACCAGGGUCUGGAACCCGUUCCUGCGGGCUUGCUUUCCAGGAAGAGGGGCUCAGCCCCCACGCAGAAGCCCCACAGCCCACUGCGCCUUGUUUUAUACACAGAUACUGCAGGCUUUUGUUAUUAUUUUUACGGUUACAGCGUUUUUUUUAUACGAUUAAAACACUAAGUUUUUAUUACUCACUUUGGUUCCUCAAGUUUAUUUCAACAAUCACUUGACCAAUUUGUGCGAACCCCCCCUCUACCUCCUUCGCCUGUAUAUAACGCAUACCUUGGCAAGAAACCAAAUUACAAAAUCAUCCAGGUAGUACAACUAAUAGAUUUGAAUUAUAUAUUUUG